AUGUCACCCAUCAAGGCCAAACAAAAAGUGCAACGUGAUGAGGCCACCAAGCUCAACAUAAUAGUUGUCGGUGCUGGGCUUGGCGGAAUAGGAGCCUCGAUAGCGCUUCUCCUUGCAGGCCACAAUGUCAGAAUUUUGGAAGCAGCAUCCGAAAUUGGCGAAGUCGGGGCAGGUAUUCAGGUUUUGCCGAACAGUUCGCGCGUGCUACAGUCCUGGGGCAUGCGUGAUCAGUUAGAAGAAUUCGCUACGAAACCCUCACGAGUCAACAUGCUAGGCUGGAAGGGCAACCUGAUAUCAUAUCUCGAUACGAAUGAGUCGGCGGCAGCUUACCCUGGAACGUUUUACUGGGAUUUCCAUCGCGCAAACCUGCACAAAUGCCUGCUUGACCGGGCCGUUGGACUAGGGGCCAAAGUCCAAGUUAAUGCACGUGUCGUGGACGUCAAAAUUGCCGGACCGAAUGCAGAGCAGGCAACAGUGGCUCUAGCUUCUGGAGAGGAGCUAGUCACUGAUCUGGUUGUGGGUGCUGACGGCAUCAACUCGAACUUACGAGAGAUAUUUCUCGGAAGGCCAGAUCCACCGACACCAACCGGGGAUCUUGCCUAUCGACUCCUGCUUUCGACUGCAGAGAUGCUCAAGGACCCAGAACUGGCACCAUUUGUUACCGAACCGCAAGUGAAUUAUUGGCUUGGUCCGGACGCACACGCCGUGAACUAUGUGCUCCGCGGAGGAAAAUUGUUCAACAUGGUCCUUUUGGUGCCAGAUGAUAUGCCAGUGGGAGGGUCAAAUACCCUUGAGGGCAAUGUUGAAGAGAUGCGUGCGCUUUAUAAGGACUGGGAUCCUCGGAUACCAAAAUUACUUGCUUUAUGUGAAUCGGUUCACAAAUGGAGGUUGCAAAUCCGGGUCGGAAUGGAUUCGUGGAGCCACCCAUCUGGAACUUUCACUAUGCUGGGAGAUGCUGUACAUGCGACUCUCCCUUAUCUUGCAUCAGGUGCGGGUAUGUGUCUAGAGGACGCUGCUGUGAUGGGUGAAUUGUUCUCAAGAGCACCAAACCCAAGAAUUCCGGCGGUAAAGAAGCAGAUGUUGCAUAUAUAUGAGCAAUGUCGCAAGGAACGCACUGAAAUGGUGGUGAAGCGAGGGAAUCUGCAGCAAUACCUAUACCAUCUACAUGAUGGACCGGAACAAGAGGAAAGAGAUCGAAAAAUACGUGAAAAGGAAGAAGGAGAAGCCCUGGCUUGGAGAGAUUCUGGUCUAGCGCCACGACUUCUUGGUUAUCAAGUCGAGACAGAUGUUAGUUGA